CCCAGCUUCAGUGAGUCCUUUUAUUAGAGUAGCACAGAGACGAGACUAGACUCUAGAGCAGGUGAUGCCAUCCUCAAACCCUCGAGCUCGCCACUUUCCACCACCAAUGUCGUCGACGUCCUUAUCCCCCGAAGGAGAAGAAGUAGCAGAAGAAGAACAAGUAGUGACUCCAUGGGAGGUAUCCGCCAAGCAAGGCGGCAAAAUUGACUACGGCAAACUGAUUGAUCAAUUUGGCUGUCAAAGACUCGACCAGUCCUUAAUCGACCGCGUCCAACGCCUCACCAAUCGGCAUCCUCACGUUUUUCUCCGCCGCGGCGUCUUCUUCGCGCACCGGGAUUUUACUGAUAUUCUCGACGCCUACGAAAGAGGAGACAAGUUUUAUUUGUAUACCGGCCGUGGACCUUCUUCCGAAGCCCUGCAUCUCGGCCAUCUUGUUCCGUUUAUGUUCACCAAGUACCUGCAGGAUGCUUUUAAGGUUCCACUUGUAAUACAGUUGACUGAUGAUGAGAAGUGCAUGUGGAAGAAUCUGUCAGUAGAGGAGAGUCAGAGACUUGCACGAGAGAAUGCUAAGGAUCUGAUUGCAUGUGGAUUCGACAUUUCGAGGACCUUUAUUUUCUGUGAUUUUGACUAUGUUGGUGGUGCCUUCUACAAGAACAUGGUGAGGGUUGCAAAAUGCGUCACUUACAAUAAGGUUGUUGGCAUUUUUGGUUUCACUGGGGAAGAUCACAUUGGAAAAGUUAGUUUUCCUCCUGUUCAGGCUGUUCCAUCCUUUCCAAGUUCAUUUCCGCAUCUUUUCUCUGGUAGAGAGAAUCUUCGCUGCUUGAUUCCAUGUGCAAUUGACCAGGAUCCUUACUUUCGGAUGACACGAGAUGUUGCUCCUAGAAUAGGAUACAGUAAGCCCUCAUUGAUCGAAUCAACAUUCUUUCCUGCACUUCAGGGAGAGACUGGCAAAAUGAGUGCUAGUGAUCCAAAUUCUGCUAUAUAUGUGACAGAUACUGCAAAGGUCAUAAAAAACAAGAUUAAUAAAUAUGCCUUCUCUGGUGGACAAGAUACUACAGAGAAACAAAGGAAGUUUGGAGCAAACCUUGAGGUGGAUAUACCCAUUAAAUAUCUUGAGUUUUUUCUUGAUGAUGAUGCUGAACUGGAACAGAUUAGGAGGGAAUAUGGAGCUGGGCAUUUGCUAACAGGUGAAGUUAAAAGGCGGGUUAUUGAAGUUCUAACUGAAUUGGUAGAAAGACAUCGCCGAGCCCGUGCUGCAGUGACUGAUGAGAUGGUUGAUGCAUUUAUGGCAGUACGACCUCUUCCAAACAUGUUCAGCUAAAACUCGCUAUCUAGGCCUCAAGGUGUUGGUUCUGGAAGACCAUUGAAGUUACUUCGAACUUUUGGAUGGAUAGAGAUUUUCAUUAUCUACCUUGUGCUUGGUCAUUCACACACUAUAUUUUGUUAUGCACAUUCUCAUCCAUGCAACUAUCAAAAGUGAUUAUAUGUCUACAUGCUUGUGGCGGAUUAGAAGCCAAGGUUCAAGAAAUUGACAGGAUUUUUUUAGCAGCUUUUAACCAAUUUGAAAUUUAUUACUCAGAUUGGUAAUACUUUCUCUUAGUUAAGCGGGCAUCUCCUUCCUCUCCUCAUUCUGUGCUAUUUCUUUCUAAUGAUUCUUUUGAACACAUUUCUAUUAUUUCUCUUGUAGAAAAGUGCUUUUCAUUGCA